AUGUACAAACUCAGAUAUUUAAAUUUUUUUUUAAUUUUUGUUUUGUUUAAUUUAUCAAUAAAAAUAAUAAGAAGUUUUAGCUUAUUCCAACAUAUCGAAAAUAUAAGCAACCCAGCAUAUUUUAAAAAAAAGCCGAGUAUGGUUUAUGACUUAAUCGUUAUUGGUGGGGGAAGCGGGGGAAUGGCAGCCGCUAGGAGAGCAGCCAGGCAUAAAGCGAAAGUUGCUCUUGUGGAAAAGGCGCACUUAGGUGGGACAUGUGUAAAUGUUGGCUGUGUUCCAAAAAAGAUCAUGUUCAACGCAGCGUCUAUCCACGAUAUUUUGGAAAACUCGAGGCAUUAUGGAUUUGACACGCAGUUUUCUUUCAAUUUACCACUUCUAGUAGAGAGGAGAGACAAAUACAUUCGAAGACUGAAUGAUAUAUAUAGGCAGAAUUUAAAGAAUGAUAAUGUUGAGCUUUUUGAAGGCACAGCUAGCUUAAUGAGUGAAAAUAAAGUGUUAAUAAAAAAAGCAAAAAAUGUAAAUGAUGAAGAGAAUACGGAUGAACAAAUGAUUGAAGGUAAGAACAUACUUAUAGCAGUUGGUAAUAGGCCAAUUUUUCCACCAGUGAAAGGGAUAGAACACACAAUUUCAAGUGAUGAUUUUUUCAAAAUAAAAGAAGCAAAAAGAAUAGGUAUUGUAGGAAGUGGAUAUAUAGCAGUAGAGUUAAUUAAUGUUACAAAAAGAUUAGGAAUCGAAUCUUAUAUAUUUGCAAGAGGAAAUAGAUUAUUAAGAAAAUUUGAUGAGACUGUUAUUAACGAAUUAGAGAAUGAUAUGAAAAAAAAUAAUAUCAAUAUUGUUACCCAUGCUAAUGUAGAGGAAAUAGAAAAGGUAAAGGAUAAGAACUUAACAAUUUAUUUAUCCGAUGGAAGAAAGUUUGAACAUUUUGAUUAUGUAAUAUAUUGCAUUGGUAGAUCACCAGAUACUAAAAAUUUAAAUUUAGACAAAUUAAAUAUUAAAACAAAUAAUGAUUAUAUAAUUGUUGAUGAUAAUCAAAGAACGAACUUAAAAAACAUAUAUGCUGUAGGUGAUUGUUGUAUGGUUAAAAGAAAUAAAGAAGUAGAAGAUUUAAAUUUAUUAAAAUUAUAUAAUGAAGAGCCAUAUUUAUUAAAUAGUAAAGAGAGUAAGGAAGCAAAUUUAUAUUAUAAUGUUCAGUUAACUCCUGUAGCUAUUAAUGCAGGUAGACUACUUGCAGAUAGAUUAUUUUUAAACAAAUCAAGAAAAACAAGUUACAAACUCAUACCAACAGUAAUAUUUUCUCACCCACCUAUUGGAACUAUUGGUCUUUCAGAAGAAGAAGCAAUACAAACAUAUGGAAAGGAAAAUAUUAAAAUAUAUGAAUCAAAAUUUACUAAUUUAUUUUUUUCAGUAUAUGAUAUGGAACCAUCUCAAAAAGAAAAAACAUAUCUAAAAUUAGUUUGUGUUGGUAAAGAAGAAUUAAUUAAAGGUUUACACAUCAUUGGUUUACAUGCUGACGAAAUUGUUCAAGGAUUUGCAGUUGCCUUAAAAAUGAAUGCUACAAAAAAAGAUUUUGAUGAAACUAUUCCAAUACAUCCUACUGCAGCAGAGGAAUUCUUGACCUUACAACCAUGGAUGAAAUGA